AUGAUGGUGCAAGCGCGCGAUCUGGUUUGUUGAGAAGGUCGCGCGAAGGUCGUCUGACAAAGCGCCGUCAUUGCACGCGCGGGCUGAUCUCGUGGUGCGCACGUGCUCUGGGUGCAUCGCUCAGCCCUGCUCACAGUCUGCGGUCCGCACGGAUAGUACUGAUCCCCGGGCCAGUCUGAGACGCCGCUCGUAGCUGACGUGAGCACAGGUUUGAAGUGACCACCAAACCAACAAUCAUCCCAAAGCAUGAUGGCUAAACCAAUGGCCCUGCUCAGUGUGUCUGACAAGCAUGGUCUGGUGGACUUUGCCCGUGGUCUGGCCGAGGCCGGCCUGCCACUGGUCGCCUCGGGCGGCACCGCCGCCGCCAUCCGAGCUGCCGGCAUUCCCGUGGAGGACGUGUCGACGGUGACGGGUGCGCCGGAGAUGCUCGGCGGCCGGGUGAAGACGCUGCACCCGGCCAUCCACGCCGGGAUCCUGAGCCGACUGGAGCAGUCGGACCAGAGCGACAUGGCGGCGCAGGGCUUCCGCAUGAUCGGCGUCGUCGUUUGCAACCUGUACCCGUUCGCGCAGACGGUGGCCAAGCCGGACGUGACGCUGCCGGAAGCGGUCGAGCAGAUCGAUAUCGGGGGCGUGACGCUGCUGCGCGCCGCCGCCAAGAACCACGCGCGGGUCACGGUCGUCUGCGACCCGGCCGACUACGGCGCCGUGCUGGCCGAGAUGCGAGCGUCGGAGGCGACCGACACCUCGCUCCAGACCAGAGAGCGCCUGGCGCUGAAGGCGUUCCUGCACACGGCCGGCUACGACGAGACCAUCGCGAGCUACCUGUGCAGCAGCUGCCGGAUCCGCAGCGCGCCCUCACGCCUCCGCUACGGCAUGAACCCGCACCAGAAGCCGGCCUUCAUCUUCGACCGGACGGCCACGCUGCCGCUGACGGUGCUAAACGGCUCGCCUGGCUUCAUCAAUCUGCUGGACGCACUGAACGGGUUCCAACUGGUGCGCGAGCUGACGACUGCGCUGGCGCUCCCGGCGGCCGCCUCCUUCAAGCAUGUCAGUCCAGCCGGCGCCGCUGUCGGCCUGCCGCUCUCCGAGGUCGAGGCCCAGGUGAACAUGGUGUCGGACCUGGCCGAGACACUGACGCCGCUGGCAGCCGCGUACGCCCGGGCGCGCGGCGCCGACCGCAUGUCCUCGUUCGGCGACUUCAUCGCGCUCUCGGAGAUGUGUGACCUGCCGACGGCGCGGGUCAUCAGCAGGGAGGUCUCGGACGGCGUGAUCGCACCCGGUUACACGGACGAGGCGCUCGAGGUCCUCAAGAAGAAGAAGGGCGGCAAGUACUGCGUGCUGCAGAUGGACCCCGACUACAGGCCGUCGGCGCUGGAGACCCGCACCGUGUUCGGCCUGCGGCUGGUGCAGUCUCGCAAUGACGCCGUCAUUGGGCCGGACAUGCUCAAGAACAUCGUCUCCGCCAAUAAGGAGCUGCCGGAGUCGGCCGCGCGCGACCUGAUCGUGGCGACGGUGGCGCUCAAGUACACGCAGUCGAACAGCGUGUGCUUCGCGCGCGAUGGCCAGGUAAUCGGCAUCGGCGCGGGCCAGCAGUCGCGCAUCCAUUGCACGCGCCUGGCCGGCGACAAGGCCGACGGCUGGUGGCUGCGCCGGCACCCGGCCGUGCUCGGCCUGCGCUUCCGCGAGACCGUCAAGCGCGCCGAGCGCGCCAACGUCAUCGACUGCGUGGUCGGCGCCGCGGUCGGCCAGGAGAUGAGCCGCGCCGAGCUGCUGCGCCUGCUGGAGGCGGAGCCGGAGGAGCUGACGGCGGAGCAGCGACGGGACUGGGUCGGCGGACUGCGCGGCGUCGCUGUCAGCUCGGACGCGUUCUUCCCGUUCGCCGAUAACGUGCACCGCGCGCGCCAGUCGGGCGCCGACUACAUCAUGGCGCCGGGCGGCUCGCUGAACGACGCGGCGGUGACGGCCGCCGCCGACGCCCUCGGCAUGACCAUGAUCCACACGUCCACCCGGCUCUUCCACCACUGAGCGCGCGGCCGCCGGUGGACGUCCGGGCUCGGCGGCGCGCGGCCCGGCGCCCCGACCGCGCCACGCUGUGGGGUUGACCGGCGCCCCGCAGCGAGGCCGUGCCAGUCCGUGCCGGAUGAGUUCGCCCGCGUGUUUUGUAAUACCUGGUAGAGGCUGCCAUGUUACCGCUCGCAGCCAGCCGCCGCUCAAAGAUUGUUGCCGUGCUGGUGGUCUGUGUCGGGAUCGGCGGCUCCUCCGCGCUGGCACCAUCACCACCCAGCCGCCGGGUAGGUGGUGACAGCGUCGGUGAGGAGCCAGCGCCGGCCGCUGUGAGCCAGGUUAGCUCCGGCGGACCGACGCCGCCGCGCAGGCAGCGUGAACUGAAUCUCUCCAGCGGUAUCUGUGCACCGCCGGCACUUCUCAUGCUCGCUAGUUACUGAGUAUGCUUUGUUUGCAACGGGCGUUUUUAGGCAGCGCAAUGUUUAGUUCUUUUGAGGGUUACUUUUGGGACGGAAGGUAGUGUUCUGACUUGAUCCUAUUCUAGAUUAGUGCGUGCUGUAAGCACAUUUUUGUUGACCAAGCAUAGCAUUCCAGUGCAUAUCAGGCGCGGGGGUUUCAUAUUUGAUGCUACUCAACCAGUUGAUAUGGUAAGCUCCUGGCCCUAAAGCCGUAUGUGCCAUAUUUUUGCUUACCACAAGACAUGCCUUCCAAAUACAUUUAUAUAAUUG